GAGAUGACAAAAACAACCCCCCUCUACCCAGGUUGGAUGGAAAAUAAGGUCCUUCAUAGGUUCACAAAGUACCUACCUAUUAGCCUUAUUAACGCAGAAACCUUCCCAUUAUACCCCUACUGUGGGGAAAUAUGAUGAAAUACGGUGGAGGAGGAAAUAUAAUUGCCGUCUCGAACAUAACAUGGGGUAGCAGACGAAUUAAAACACAGCAAGAACAUUAUGCACACUAUAAUUAACCAAAUGUGACUGACGGGGUUAAUUGGCGAUACCCAGGUAGUAUCUGACCAUAUCUGUUCCUUUGUGUUCCCUGUACUAGUAUGGAUGGAUGAAUACCAGAGAUGUACGGAUAUAUCUGCCCCCAAUGUAGGCCUACAUUCACAAUUGUGUAAUAUUGUAUGUGUUUUUGUGUAUUUUGUUAUAAAAUAUAAUUACUAAUGCUAUCGUCCUAAAAUGAAUGAAUAUAUCAACUUCGAAGUGUCUUUAUAGAGGCAACCAUUAAGAGGUGGCUAUUGAUAAGAGGCAUGGGCCCAGGGUGUUCUCACGGCCUCCUCCUUUUAAGUGGAUCUAAUCGGCCUGACUCCUUAGUUAACUAUUAAUAGGCUCCAGUCUGGGGCGGUGACGUAGCAAGGCAGUACACAGACCCCACCGUCAUGGUGCUAGCUUGCCUGUUGAACUCCCAAAACGACCUCCUCAUAUUGGAUAGACCGCGUGGACCAAAUAUUCGUGUUCCUCUAAUUCUACGUGGGCAGUGGUUCCAGCGUCGGUCAUUUUUUAAAUCUGUGUGUAAUGCUGUUACAGAGUGUGAAGCUUCGGGGACUUCCACAGUAACUUCUCUAAGCCCUGAGCAGUUAUAGCAAAGCUUUUCGCAUUACCCAGCAUCUCAUUACUGCUUAGAAUCUCAUUGCUACUCAGACUGAGCUGGUUCUACCCUUGCAUUUUAAGAUCAGAAUCCCCUGAAACAAAUGUAAGGUUUAACAUCAGCUUUCAGCAAGAUGAAUAAUUAGUCUCCAAACGUGGUGUCGUAAACACUCCCAAAACCGCAGGGCCCAUAGGAGCAAAGGAUUAAGAUUACAGCAACCGCUUACGUCUAGUGGUCAAGGUGUUUGACUCCAAGUCCCAGGGUUCUGGGUUCCAACCACAAGGUCAGCAGCCGGCCUGUAGGCAAAAUCCCUACCUGCUCAUCAAUUACAUGCCGCUUUAGAUCAAAUCCUUCGCUUAAUGUCUAAAGAAAUGGUAAGACACAACCGAGUCCAGUCCAAAGAUAAUAUUGAGGUGAUCUCCCUGCAGUCAUCUCUGCAUGGAGGCUUAUUUUGGUCCGGAUAUUCACAGGGAUACCCUACUAGCCUAGCCCAUGUGCCAAUACUGGACCAGAUUUAGGAGACUGGUCCCUCCCCAAGCAGCUGUUGCCCAGACUGGCUCUAUAUUAGUAAGAAAAUGCAUGGUGUCUAGUUGUUGGCCUCGGUUAACCGUCCUCAAAGCAGUGUACUGCGCUGUUUAGGUUGGAUUAUAUUGAAGUUGUUUGGCAAUUUUUCACGCCCUAUUAAGAAGUUUGGUCGAAGUAAUGCUGACUCUGCCUUUACGGUGUGAAACACGUCAGCUUUGCUAUAAAAUGGCUCACUUAUGUCUUCACCCCAUGGAGAGAGACUUGUUGUGCUGCAUGAAGCCCUCCAUUUGCUCUCUCAAAUUGGGAAAGGACGGAGCGAACUGAGCCCACAUCAGCCAUUGCGUGGCUUAGUCAGAUUGGUCACCAGUAGCAAUGUAGUUAAGGUAUACAUUUGCCUCCUUUACCUCUGGUACUUCUAGUACCACCUUUCUACUAAGCUCAGGGAAGGCUACUGAAAUGACCUUAGGGUGUUCGUCCCCCCUGAAGUCUACCUGUCCUUCAGUAAGACGGUCUUACCCCUACCUUCUCCUGAUGACACUGAUGACAGGACUAAUUCACCAAGUCACUUUGGGUGAAGGUGUCUCCUAAAUGACUAGACCUAAAUAGUAGUACUAAAUACAGUUUUUUUGUGAUGACAAAGGGGUGUAACGGUACACUGAAGUCACGGUUCGGUUCAGACAUCAUGGUUCGGUACGAGUUCGGUACAAUGAAAACAACAAAAAUUCAGAGGGCAAUUCUUUUUUAUUGUCUAAGAUUGUACCACCUAAUGUCAUACAGUCUCCCCUGAGCUAGCUGCAACAGACUGAACAGUCUCAUCUAAAAUGUAAACAGUAAACAAUAAGUACCCCACAUCUGCACAUCACCUCCAGACUCCAUCCGUAACUUGUAAACAAAAUAAGACUAUCAGUUAUAAAACUGAAAAUUCAGCAUGUCUUAUUUAUGAAAGUGCAAAGUACACAGAAUUUGCGCAUUUCCACCGGAGGGUGUGGUCGGUUCGGGGCGUCUUGGUGGAGUAGUGAAGGUGCAGUGCAGCGCAGCUCAGUUAUGGCUCGCGUCUCCACCUCCGACAGAACCCUUAUGGCGCAUUUCCACUUGAGGGUGCGGGUCGGUUCGGCGCGGCUUGGCUCCCACGCUGGAUAUAGACCUCGGAUGCUGGGUUCACUUUAGGAAAGGUUUCUUUUUUUUUUUCAUCUUAUGGGAACGUCAGGUCACCUUGAUUUCAAAUGGGUGAGGUCAACUGACUUUUGAUUAAUGAAUCUGGGAAUACGGAAGUGAUUUGAUAAAGUAUGAAAGAAUGUUCUUAAUACAAGUCAAGCCUGUAAUCUUGUUUGUACAGUCCUUCAUCACAGUCACAGUCUCAAAGGGCUUCACAGGCCAAAUAACAAGACAUCGUCUCACCCUCAAGUCCGGAAAAGGGCCUGGACACACUUAUUUUAAAGCUUAUUCAUUUAACUUUCUUAACGGCAUAAAGCACACAUGUUGAGAUAACUUUAAGUUGUACGAGCCGGUGGGCUUCACCUUUCAAACAUUCAUAUAAAAACUGUUUUCCCUCCACCUCAAAGGCCUGUAUAAAACCCUAAAGGGUCAAAACUGAUUCUCCCCACGUUUUGUCCCAUGCUGUACACUUGAAUUACCUGUGUGUUUUCACGGUUUGUUUGCCUCCAGAACAGAAGUCUGCACAACCUCUGCACAAUGCUUCCUAUGUACCAGCUUUCAUUGCCUGUCAAUGCUAAGCUGGAUUUUAAUCAAUGUGUUUUUCUUUUCAUUCCCAGGGCAGAGAAAACAGAAGUUCUCAGCGAUGACCUCCUACAGAUCGAGCGGCGGAUGGAGGUGGUGCGGGUGGUGUCCCACAACACACACAAGCGGAUGGUCACCUGCCUGCAGGGCCACGUCGGUGCGGACGCCGAGAAGAGACACAAAAAGCUUCCCCUGACGGCUCUAUCCCAGGCCAUGGUGGACGGCGGGGGCCAGCUCGGAGAGGACUCGCUGAUUGGGAAGAUGAUGGAGGUGUGCGGGGAAGCAGAGAAUCGGCUGGCGUCCGAGCUGAUGCACCACGAGCUGCAGGUGGAGAAGGAUUGUCUGGACCCUCUCAACCAGCUGGCGGAGGUGGACAUCCCCAACAUCCUGAAGCAGAGGAAGCAGCUGGCCAAGCUGGUCCUGGACUACGAUUCUGCCCGAGCGAGAUGGUUGCAGGCAACCAAGUCGAUAAUCUCCGGAACAAACACGCAAGCACUGACGGUCAAGGCAGACCUGCUUAAAGAAGAGAUGGAUGAGUCCAUGAACAAAGUGGAGAUGUGCAAGGACCAGCUGGCUGCAGACAUGUACAACUUCUACUCCAAAGAGGGGGACUACGCCUGCUACUAUGUCAUGCUCUUGGAGGCCCAGGCAGACUACCACAGGAAAUCUCUCACUGUUCUGGAGAAUGUCUUACCCACCAUACAAGCCCAGCAAGACUCGUGGACGGAGAAGCCAGCGUUUGGCACGGGGCUGGACGAGCACCUGAAGAGGAGCAGCAGGGAGAUCGCUCUGCCCAUGGAAGCCUGCGUCAUGAUGCUGCUGGAGACGGGCAUGAAGGAGGAGGGUUUGUUCAGAAUAGCAGCCGGGGCUUCCAAACUGAAGAAGCUCAAAGCCGCCCUGGACUGUUCCACCUCACAGCUGCAGGAGUUCUACUGUGACCCCCACGCCGUAGCUGGAGCCCUGAAGUCAUACCUGAGGGAACUUCCAGACCCUUUGAUGACUUUCCAGCUCUACGAUGAUUGGAUACAGGCCUCCAGUGUUUCAGAUCCAGAUAAGAGGCUGCAGGCCCUUUGGGUCGUAUGUGACCAACUACCAAAGAACAACAAAGCUAACCUGCGGUAUCUGGUCAAGUUCCUGGCCAAGCUGGCCGAGGACAGCGAGCAGAACAAGAUGACGCCCAGCAACAUCGCCAUCGUCCUGGGUCCCAACCUACUCUGGGCCAAGACCGAGGGGAGCCUGGCGGAGAUGGCUGCAGCCACCUCUGUGCACGUGGUCACCAUCAUAGAACCCAUCAUCCAGCACGCCCACUGGUUCUUCCCCGAGGACGUUGAGUUCAACGUGUCGGGCAUGUUCGCCAUGCCUGCGCCCGCCUCGGGCUCCAGCAACCACCUGGACUACGACUGCAGCACGGUGGAGCGGAAGAGGCCUGGCAGCAUGGUGUGUCCCGAGCCCAGCGACGCCUCGCGCAAGGAGAGCUCCGCUAACAAGCAUCGGAACCACACCCUCCGUAGAGGCAGCAACACGUUAGGUAGAAAGCAGCAUGCUUCGCCCGCCUUCCAGCCCCCCUUGCCCCCCGUGGAGGCCCCCGGGCUGGGUCAGGGCGGGGGCGGUGGCGGGCAGGUCCCCCACCCCACGCCCGAGCCCCAGCCCCCGGCCCCGGCGGGGGGGCUGGGGGCCGCGGAGCACUGCCUGCCCAGCUUGGCGGCGAGCAUGGCGGCUCUGGCGACCGCUCAGCAGAUGCUCGCCCAGAGCACAGAGGACAUCAGGUAAGGUCGACCUCUGACCCCGGCCUUGCUGGUCAAUUGACAUCAAGGGCCCUGCAUGCAAGGAGAGUAAAGGCCUGAUCACGCGUCUGCUUCUGCACGGUGUGCACAGAUCCACGUCGCUCCCUUUUUGGUUCUCGCCUCUUUGCUAACUGAGGAGCUAAGCGUGCCCAGAGACGCGCAGACCUCCCGGAGCUGAGCGUCACGUUACAGGUCUUUGAUGAGGUUUGCAGCCAAGUCAUUGCUGAUUGGACUAGUAAGGAACAGUCGUAGUGCUUUGUAUCAGUUUCGAUAGCCGGGAACAAGAUUGAAAUUCUUGUGCAAGAUGAAUCACUUCCUCCUGACCCUUAAUGUCCAAUAUCUGUGUACCUCGUAUGUCCCUUUAGAUAUGCAUCUCUUAGAUGAAUUCGUAUUAUAGGCAGUUAAUCCUAAUUGGCUAUGUUGUUAAUGUCAGCAGACUUCUUUGGUGCCCGAUCCACUCAGCCUCCUGACUUUAAGCAACACAUUUGCCUAUCGUUUUGGUUUGGUUUGGUUCACAAGUCCUGAUCCAGCUCUUUGACCCGUCGCGACCC